AUGAGUCUCAGUGUUAACAUAUUCAGAACAAUAGAAGAAAUAUUAUGGACAAUAAAAAAGCUAAAGAAUUGUAAAUCUACAGAAUAACCAGUUCAAAACCAAAAUAUUGAGGAACACUAAUUAUUGGAUAGUUUACAAGAAGGUAAUGAAAAAAAUUCUUUAUAAUCUUCGGAUAGAACUUGCUCUGAGAAAAUUGCUUCUUAAAUUUUAUUAAAUAAUUUGUUCAAUUAUAUAGAAGAUAUUAAAAGAGGAGUUGAUGAAUUAGUGAAGUAAAAUUAAAAUUGUAAGUGUCAAUAAUUUAAAGACCCUUAAAAUAUAAAUUAAGGAAAAAAUAAAUAUCUUUUAUUUGUUAAAAGUGAAAACACAUAUGAUAAGAAUAUUGAUUCAAAUUAAAAUAAAGUUAUUUUAAGAAAUCUUAAAUAAGAUUUAUAAGAUACAAAAAUUUCACUAAUUUAACAAUAAAAGUAGUUGAUUUUAUAAAUUUAAGAGAUGAAUUAAAUAUUAGAAAAUAAAAAUAUGUUAGAUUCAACCCAGAAAAGAUAGAAAAUAUUUUAAUUUGAAUAUUAGCAAGAAGAAUCAAAGGAGAAUUUGAUUGCUCUUAAAUAAAUAUAAGAUUUAAAUAAGAAAUUAGUUGACUUAGAUAUGUCCUAUUAAGAAAAAUUAAAAUUAUGCAAAGCUAAAUUUGGUAUAAAAAAUUGA